GCUCUCGGAAGCCCCCCGGAAACCCGUCGACUUGCACCUGACCGACAAUCAGGGUCAUGUUAACGGCUGCAGAGACCAGCAGCCCGUCCGGAGCUCGGGCAGUGCCAAUGUCCAGGUAGAUGAGAUGACUGACUCCGCAGUCUUCUUCUCAAGCGACUAUGAGCUCUCGCCGGGAACCACACCUCCUCCCGAGCAGGUCUCGUCUGGCUUAUCAAACACACUGCUGCUGGAAAUCCGCAAAACCAUCAGAGCAGAGGGUGGGUCGUCAGUCUCACCACUACAGUUUGCACACAUCUAACUCACGGCCAUGGCUAGUUGCGGAGGCGAUUCGCAUGCAACGCUCCUCGGUAGAUCUGGACUCGCCCAGCUUCCACGACAUUUCGCCGUCCGAAUCAGAAGUUGUUUCUCCCACCAAAUCAACCAAGCCUAGUGUUCGCUUCAGUGAUCGUGGCCAAACCAAAGGCAUCAUGAAACGUCAGGCCGGGCAGAGACGAGCCGGAUCCAUAUCCGAGUCAACGAGCCAUGGCGUCUUGUUUGACAACAACGGCCGGCCCACGGCCUUGUGUGGCCAUCUAUUUGAGGCUCUGGCGAAACAUCUGGCGGCAGAGCUCGCGCCCAAGGGCGGCCUCGUGAUGACGCCCGCCAAGAUGGCAACGUUUUUUGAGCGUUACUCGACUAGUGCAGAUCCAUAUCCCAAGGCGACAACGUCCUUUCGAACAGAGGGCACCCAGGGAUAUCCCGAGAUCGAGAAACUCUACGAUGCCCUUGGCUGCGAGUACCAUCUAGUGCGAGACUCGGCACUGCCCAAGUCCAAGCCAAGACUGCCGGCACUCACGCCUGCAGGUUUUAGCAGGUACAUGACUAUCAGUCUUCUGGCUUACCCCGAGCAAGAGUUCAGGCGUCUCCAGAAGGCAACUUUCGAGAUCCCGAUUCUCAGCAGCCCUUCGGGCCUGUCGGACGAGGGCUUGCAGUUACCAAACGAGCUCAUUCGCAGCCUCUUCCCAGCCAAGCAUGAUAACGAAACCAGGGACUUGUUCGACUCGGCCAUGGCUGAAUUCUUGAAAAGCCCACGGAAGGCCUCCACAUCAGCGACUGAGAUCCCACCGAAAAGAUCGUCGAUUACCUCCUUUGAUCCCCGCCGUUAUGUGCCGGAGCAUCGACAGGGGACCGGUGAAUUGGACAAGAAUGGCGUGUCCCAAGCACCACGACACAGCGUUUCCUUUAACGGCACUGUGUCCGACGACAAGUACAAGAGGUCGUCCAUCUCUGGCGAUUCCAGCGUAGUAGAACAGCUAGUGCCCAAGGCUGGCGCAUCCCGGAGUGCCCCGGCGACGCCUUUCCCAGCCUCCAUGCCCAGUCGCGACUAUCUGCCAGCCAAACCGAUCGCGAGCAAAGACGGCGUCCAAGCCACGCCCAACACGAAACACCUUGCUGUCCCGCCACCUCCCACGGGCUUGGGUCUCAUGUCGUUCCCGGCCCUGGAUCCGGGCAGCACUACAUCAUCUCCAGCUGUGUCGCGCCACAAUUCACCCGACAUUCUGCGACAUGGCAUGGCUGCUGCUGGUCCGCCGCCGCCGCCAGCAGCUUCGCCUCUUAAAUCGGCCAUGACUGCACAAAGCCAGUCGCCUCAGAGGAACGAGACCCGCGAGGCGGCCUCUGCGGCGGCAGAGGUCCAGCGCCACAGGGACAGUCUCGUGACGUCGCCUAGUCACGACAGAGGCCCGACCUGGGAGGAGGUGCUUGGCGGAAAGUCUGGCGGUGCCGCACCUUCGCGGUCUCAUUCUCAAAGAUCGCACGGGGCCUCGUCGUCCAAGUCAUCCACGACAACUGCGUCAGCGACCUCAGGAUCCAGUGGAGCGGGGAGCAGGACGGACACGUCGUCCCGCCAUGGAAAGAGGAGGGAUAGUGUCAUGGAAAAGCGGAGGGAUAGAUGAAAGAAAACCUGGAAUGGGCUGUCCAGUUGCGCAGACGAUUUUUUUUGGUUGUAGUCCAUGUUUGUGCGAUGCAACUCCCAGCGCGGCGUAAGGGUUUUUUUUAUUAUGGCAUUGCGCAAGCAUAUACCGGCGGACAUAGACGAAUUGUAGUAUAUCCAUUGUAGACCAUAGAUAGAGAGCGAAUGCGUUGUAUUUUAUUUUUAUUUUUUGCUAUUUUCGCGCUGUGCCCGGGCAAGGAGGAUCGAAAAAUUAUUACAUGUUAUUGCCGUAACACUCCCCAUUCACCAAGGUUAAUUCUGGCCAACUGAACCCAUCAGCACUGCCAGGCAAUUCCUCUAGAUCAUACAGCCAAUGCGGAACUGUCCCACAUAUGGAG